AUGCAGCAGGACAGCGUUGAGCUGGGUUCAUCCGGCCCAGGGCCGAGUAGCGUGGGGCCAGGCUCCGGCGGGAUACCUAACGGUGACAACGAUGCCGUCCUGGCCGCCCCUACACCCGGCUCCGCUGACGCUGCACCGCCUGUAACGCGUCGCAAAUCGACGAAAUCCACGAAGGCGCGGGAUGCUCCAUACUCGCAUGCUUCACGUAAGCACGCGCAUCCCCCUUCGCACACCGACUCUGAAUCAGCUGAAUCCAGGGCGCCUGACAGGAAGAAGCAAUCAACCGACCGUCAGGACCCUGUUUCGCCUCAGGACGCCUCCGCUUCCAAUGCGGCGACCGACUCCAGUCUGGUCGACAUGGCGACUGACUACGAGGUCACAGUUCCAACGUCGAACAGAUUUGAAAGUUUAGAUGAUGUCACACCAGCUGACCAAGACAUUCCAGACAAUAUGCCGGCUCCUACUCCUGUCAAGGCCCCCAAGGUGCCACCUAUCAUAGUUCACGACACGGUCAACUACCUCGAUCGCGUCAGGGAACUGAAGGGGCACCUGAAGGGUUCCUUUUCCUGCCAAUAUAAAAGAGGUAAUAUCCGUUACGAGUUUGAACACCCAUCAGAUUAUCGAUACAUGAUCGAUUAUCUCAAGACUCGUGCCAUUCAGUACCACACAUAUGAUCUCGACCCUUUCAAAAUUUUGAAGGUCGUCGUCAGGCACCUUGAGCCCACCACCCCUCCCGCUGACGUUAAGGAAGCGCUGGAGGAGCUGGGCUUCACUGUGCAAUCUGUCGCUGUUAUGCACCAGCAAGUGCCAGACGCACAGGGAAAACUGACCGACGUCAAGUGGCCUCUAUUCGUCGCUGUACUGCAUUCCUCGGCGCCUUCGACGCCAGCUGCUCCACCAGCUGAUACUACCAACUUUCCAAACCUGCGAGCACGUCGUGCCCCUCCCUCACCUUCUUCCUCUGCUGCCGGCCCGGGGCCCUUGCCUCCGCGUCGUCCAGCUUCACGCCCAGAGACAGCCUCCCACUCUGCUUGGGGAAAGACAAACCCAUCCCCAGAGCCUUCUACACCCCCGCCCCCUACCUUCUCCUUCCCAUUUUCAAACCAUCUUGCAGAUCUUGCUGCCUUACUGCAGCAGUUCAACAUCCGCAAAAUCAUUUCUACAUUCCGUUCAACUAUGCAACAACUCAAUUCAGCUUCUGAUCCGUUCAUGCAGCGCCAAGGAACCUCUGAAACCUCAGGAACCCAACAGCAACUCGGUCAACCAACAGCUCGCACAUAUGCAAGCGCAGUUUCACCAAAGCAACUGACACCAAUGCACACCCAGGUGGAAAGCAGGGAUAAUAGCAAGACGCCAAUCCAAGGGCCCUCAAAAUCACCGCCUACGCCCAAGCCCAGGGAACAUGUGCCAAUCCCGAGGCCAGGGCACAGCUCAAAAUCCACCGAAGUCGAGCAAGUGACACCAUCAACAAACAAGCCAACACAAAUAAAAGCUACACACCUACAAGGAAGCCACACAGCGGAAACCAUAACUGUACCAAACCAGCCAACUACUACAGAAACUGAGAAACCAGCACCACCACCAAACAGUGAAAAACCAGCACCACCACAAAACACAGAACCAGGCCAAACUCCCCUUCAAACUGAACUGGGAGCAGAUAUAGGCGAAAUACUCAGCACCCUCAAGCUCUUCGACAAACAGCGACUGCUGAAUACAAUCAAACUCACCGCUCAAAAACUCCGACAAACAAACGACAAGGCCACCAAAGCGAUAAUACUGAUGGAGGCAGUAUUCACCAUCAUAGAGUAG